CACACUCUAGUGAGUGGCACUCCAGGCGCAUGCGUGCUAUAUUGUUUUGACUAAAAAUGCCGUCCGUUUCGAAAACGGCGCUGAACGCUUCUCCACAGACCGAGAAACCUACUCACUACACGUAUUUAAAGGAGUUCCGGACAGAGCAAUGUCCUUUGUUUUUGCAGCACAAGUGCUCACAGCAUCGACCCUUUACUUGUUUCCAUUGGCAUUUCUUAAAUCAGCGCCGUCGGAGGCCUAUACGAAGACGGGAUGGGACAUUUAAUUAUAGUCCAGAUGUGUACUGCACUAAGUAUGAUGAGACUACAGGCAUUUGCCCUGAUGGAGAUGACUGUCCAUAUUUACACCGGACAACAGGAGAUACUGAAAGGAAGUACCACUUGCGGUAUUAUAAAACAGGUACCUGUAUUCAUGAAACAGAUGCUCGUGGACAUUGCGUAAAGAAUGGACCUCAUUGUGCCUUUGCUCAUGGUCCUCAUGACCUCAGACCACCUGUUUACGAUAUAAGGGAACUCCAGGCACAGGAAGCUCUACAGAACGGACAACUUGGAAAUGGAGAGGGUAUUCCAGAUCUGCAGCCAGGAGUCCUUGCUAGUCAAGCUAUGAUUGAAAAAAUACUAGCAGAAGACCCUAGGUGGCAAGAUACUAAUUUUGUUCUGGCCAGUUACAAAACAGAGCAGUGCACCAAGCCACCUAGACUUUGCCGUCAGGGUUAUGCAUGUCCACAUUAUCACAACAGUAGAGAUAGAAGACGAAAUCCUAGAAAAUUCAAAUACAGAUCCACUCCCUGCCCCAGUGUAAAGCAUGGUGAUGAAUGGGGAGAGCCUUCCAAAUGUGAAAGUGGAGAAUCCUGUCAGUAUUGUCACUCUCGCACUGAACAACAGUUUCAUCCAGAGAUUUAUAAAUCCACAAAAUGCAAUGAUAUGCGCCAAACAGGAUAUUGUCCUAGAGGGCCGUUUUGUGCAUUUGCUCAUGUAGAACAUGCAGUGGGGACUUUGAAUGACUGGAGCAGUGCCCUCGACCACAACUCUAUUAACAGUGGUGCAAGCAGUGGACAAAGUGGAAAUGUUUCCUGUUCUAGUAGUCCAACAGUAAUAUCAAGUUCUGGUAGCAGCAGUUCUUUGUCACCUCUUGGACCUAUUAGCAGACCAAAAUCCUUUACAAAUGGUAGUUUAUGUUCAGAGUCAACAUCAUCUGUUUCAUCACCAACUUCUACAUAUCCAAAAGCUCCAGGAUUUGAACGUGAAGAUCAGGCAAAACAACAUAAGAACCAGACAGAAAAUGAUCAGAAAUUAAAUGAUCAAGAAAAUAAGCAGAAUUUGCUUAAUGUGUUCUCAGUGGCUAAUCCACUGGCAUCCAGUAUAACUUCCAGCAUCACUUCUAGUCUGGCAUCUAGUAUUGGAUCAGAUAGCUCAUCACCUACUGCGCUAUCAGCCAUGAAUGCCAAAGCCCUCCCAUUCUACCCUGGUAGUAACACAGUUGAGUCAGUCAUUGGUACUGCAUUAGAUUUAAAUUUUAAUGACAUAAAUGUUUCAUCAUUUGACCAAGAAUUAGAAGAUCCAGAAAAUGGUGACCUUGGCUUAACAGGUCAGCGAUUGUUAGGAAGUUCAGCUCCUGUAAAUAUUCCUGGUUCCCUUGCCCGUUCUUCUUCUUUGCAUUCCUCAUCCUCACUGUCUACCUCUCCUCUUAGUUCCCUGUCACAGUCUUUUCUCUCAUCCAGUAUGGCUCCCAACCAGCAACAGUCACAACCAGCAAAGUCUGAACAUGGCCUUUUGGGAACAUCCUCAUCCUCUCACAACUCUCUAGGUUUAAAUGGUGUUACGGGAAGUAUCUGGGACUUUGUUACUGGUAGUUUCUCUCCUAGUCCAUCACCUGUGUUCAGCAGUGGAAGUACUCAAACUACCAGCACAACGUGUAGCAGUAGUGAGCUGUCCCGAGUUAGACGUGAACUGGAAGAGGCCAGAAGAAAGGUCAAGCAGUGGGAUGACUCUUGGCAACAAGUGAAACAGGCUUGCGAUGCAUGGCAGAAAGAAGCUUUAGAGGCAAAGGAGCGAGCAAAAGCAGCAGACAAUGAUAAGCAACAAGCAAUAAGGAAAAAGGAAGAUGCUGAGAAAAAGCUUAAAAAAUUGCAAGAGGACUUUGAUGCAGUGUGUCGAUCUCCAAACUUUCCAGUCCUACGAAAUUAUGGAGACAUAGAAAAACUUCCUUUACCAAAGCUUCAUUCUAUACAGAACCAGUUAAGAUCAGAUCUAGAAGUUAUUGAUGGGGUGAUUUUUCAACUCCAGUCAAAAAAGUGCGUAAUUUGUCAAGAACACAAUCGAAGUAUAGUCCUUCAACCCUGCCAGCAUUAUGUGCUCUGUGAGCAUUGUGCACCUGACACAUCAGAAUGUCCUUAUUGCAAAUCUAAAGUAAUCAAAUGGUGACAUAGAAUUAUUCAAGGUACUUGGAAUCUUAGCCCUUUGAAGAACUACUAUAUUAUGCUAACAAAUUAAAACAUAGCAUUUGGGUGUUCUAGUAUUUUUAUAGAAAAUUUUAGAUAGCAUUUGUAAUCCAUUUACCUGGUGUUAGACUGAAUUCCAGUAGUACAUUGUAUCGGCUAAUGUCAGAACUUUGAAAGGGGUAAUGGACAUUUGUCCAUUACAGUCAGCAGUAGUUAAACAUUUGUCCUUUCCUCAAUCCCUUAGAUAUUUAAGAAAUUUUCACCCAUGUUUUGUAACUUAUUAAAG